CAUGAUGUGGUAUAGAAUCCGAUAGCGACAAAUAGUUUCCGGAGCCGCUCUUUUCACCAUGUCUGACUUGCCUGCGCGACCCCCUGCGCCAGCUCCGCCACUCCCUUCAGGCUGGACGGAGCAUAAAGCGCCUUCAGGCCACACAUACUUCUACAACAAGGAGACGAAGAAAUCGACAUACACGCGACCUACGGCCGAGGCACAUCAAUUUUCCCAUCCUCACCCUCCAGCCGCAUCUUCCUCACUUGGCGCAACGUCGGUUUACAACCAGCAGCAGCCCGCCCGAGAUGGCUUCAAUCCCCAGCGGCAGAUGCAAGAUCUCAUAUUUGCAAGCGCGCCGAAGCAGUUUGUGCAACCUGAUAGAGCCCACCAUAACUCAAGGGGUGGCCAUCGUGGAGGCUUCCAUCGAGGACAGAAUAACUUCAACGACCGAAGGAGGCAACAUGAUGAUAGACCCAAGCAUCGUCACGAUAUACCGAACUGCGCACCAUGGGUGUUGGUGAAGACUAAAUUCGGGAGACGAUUUGUGUGGAACAAGGACACGAACGAGAGCUUCUGGAAGUUCCCACCAAAUGUGAUGAAGGCUGUAGUCGAAUUCGACCAAAAGGAGCGCGAAAGGAGGGAACGCAGGGAACGUGGCGAGCCAAGCGAUGUCGAGGAGGAGGACGCUGCGAUGGCGGAGAUCGAGGCAGAACUCGCGGAAGCUGAAGAGGAGGUUGAGAUUGUCGAGGUAGACGGCGAGCAAGGCAUGGAGAAUGAUGAGGAGUAUGAAGAGGUUGAAGUCACGGAUGGUGAGGGCGAAGAAGGGAGUGCGCCAAAGCGACAACGGACAGAAGAGCCAGCCGGAGGUCAACCGCCUGAAGACGAUGACCUGGCAUGGCAAUUGGCUCAAAUGGAAGAGAUGGAAGCGAUGGAACAAGAAGGAGGCCAUGACGAGGAAUACUACGAGGAUGAAGAACCUGCAUUGACCGAAGACGACUGCAAGGCACUGUUCAAGGAAUUGCUGGAUGACACGCGGAUAAGCCCCUUCACACCCUGGGACAAGAUUCUUGAAGCUGGCGCAUUAUACGAUGAUGAGCGCUACAAAGCCCUACCAAAUAUGGUUGCGCGCAAAGACUGUUUCAACGAAUGGGCGCGAGAGAAGUCCCAAUACUUGAAGGCCGAGAAAGCCAGACAACAGAAGCGUGAUCCACGAAUCCCAUAUCUAGCUUUCCUUAGCACGCACGCCACGCCGAAGCUCUACUGGCCCGAGUUCCGUCGCAAGUUCAAGAAAGAAGCAGAAAUGAAGGACACCAAGCUCUCCGACAAGGAUAAGGAGACCUUGUAUCGAGAUCACAUCAAGCGGCUCGGUAUGAGGUCUUCAGAGCUCAAAUCCGAUCUUUCAGCCCUACUAAGAGCACAACCACUUGCCUUACUCAACCGCUCAUCAACACUUGACACACUCCCCUCGCCUAUCCUGACCGACUUGCGCUACAUCUCCGUCCCACAAUCGACUCGCGACUCACUCAUCGAGACGUACAUAUCUACUUUGCCACCUGCACCGGAAGGCAUGGUUUAUUCGGCGGAGGAAGAAGCAGAGCGAGCGAAGAAAUGGGCUGAGAGAGAGCGAAGGGAGAAAGCGCUUGCAGAUCGUGAACAGAGAGUGAGAGAGGCGAAACGAAAGCAAGAGCGCGACCUGGCAUAUGGAAAGGGCAGAUUACGCGAAGAAGAGGAAGAGAUUGAACGGGCCAUGAAGGUGGGCAAAGAAGGAUUGAAAGGACAUUUGAAGGAGUAAGAUACCCAAUAGUAGAGUCCCGUAAAGUCAGUCAAAUCCACUAGAUACUAUACACAUCACACAGAAGUUCCACCAUUGAGUCACAUGUGACGCAAACUCUGGCCGGUGCGUGAAGUGGACCGGGACUGGGACCAUGUCAAAUAUGACUCUAAACGCAGCGAUUACAGUCAUGGGGUUUUGAGUACGACAAUACCUAAUAUUCAGCUAUUU